AAAAUUUUGAAACAGAAAGAAAUUCCAACUUGUGUUGUCUUCGUAAUUCAGUUAUGGAGUGAGGGUUGGAUAAAUGUUGACGUAAAAGCAAAGGCUUGGGUUGCGAUAACUCCCACGCCUGCUUAUAUCCCCACUCCACGCAUGAAAUGAAAUUGCCAUGUCAAAAAUUCUUCAAAUAGAAAAAGGAAGUUAAAGUUUUGUGUUGUCUCCGACAUUUUGUUGACGUGGAAGCAAAGCCUUUCCGUUGUGAUAACUCACACGCCGCCUUAUAACCACUUCAUGCUCCCAUCGGUCAACUACACCAUCACCACUGCUCUCUCUCACUCGAUUGCUGCCUUCAACGCUUCUGCUCUCCUUUCAGGCUGUGACAUUGGUGGAUGCGGUGAGUGAAGAUAUGGGUUCGUUGAAGCUCGCUUUCACUCUUCUUCUUCUGAGCUUUAUAUGUCGAUGCUCUGCUGUUGGACUUGAUACGACCCUGACAGCACGAUUGUCCGUUAAUGCUUCUGUUGGUCGGGUUAUACCUGAAACGCUUUUUGGAAUAUUCUUUGAGGAGAUAAAUCAUGCUGGAGCUGGUGGGAUAUGGGGAGAGCUUGUGAACAACCGCGGUUUUGAAGCUGGGGGCCCUAAUACUCCCUCAAAUAUUGCUCCUUGGUCUAUCAUUGGUGAUGGUUCAUCUCUAAUUGUAUCUACUGACCGUUCAUCUUGCUUUGAGCGUAAUAAGGUUGCACUCCGAAUGGAUGUCUUUUGUGAUAGCAAAGGCAACAAUAUUUGCCCUGAUGGUGGAGUUGGUAUAUACAAUCCUGGAUUCUGGGGCAUGAAUAUUCAAAAAGGCAAGACCUAUAAAGUUGUUCUUUAUGUUCGAUCAUUGGGGUCAAUCAAUAUAUCUGUGUCUUUGACGGACUCAAACGGAUUGCAAACACUGGCUACUGCCAAAAUUAUAGCUUCUGCUUCUGAUGUUCUGAACUGGACAAAGGCAGAGGUUCUAUUGGAAGCCAAAGGAACAAAUCAAAAUUCCAGACUUCAAUUGACAUCAUCCCAGAAAGGUGUCAUAUGGUUUGAUCAAGUUUCAGCUAUGCCCUUAGACACAUUUAAGGGGCAUGGUUUCCGAACUGAGCUUGUUGAAAUGCUUGCAGAUAUAAAACCUCGCUUUAUCAGAUUUCCAGGUGGCUGUUUCGUUGAAGGUGAAUGGUUAAGAAAUGCUUUUCGCUGGAAGGAAACAAUUGGACCUUGGGAGGAGAGGCCUGGGCACUUUGGUGAUGUUUGGAUGUAUUGGACUGAUGAUGGACUUGGUCAUUUCGAGUUUCUUCAACUAGCAGAAGAUCUUGGCGCAUCGCCUAUAUGGGUGUUCAACAAUGGAAUCAGCCAUCAGGAUCAAGUUGAUACGUCAACAAUUUCACCUUUUGUACAAGAAGCUCUUGAUGGUAUUGAGUUUGCUAGAGGUGAUUCUGAUUCUACAUGGGGUGCAAUUCGAGCUGCAAUGGGACACCCAGAGCCUUUUGACUUGAAAUAUGUAGCAGUUGGAAAUGAGGAUUGUGGAAAGAAGAAUUAUAGAGGAAAUUAUCUCAAGUUUUAUGAAGCUAUAAAGCGUGCCUAUCCUGACAUCAAAAUAAUCUCAAACUGUGAUGGGUCUUCCCGCUCUUUGGAUCACCCUGCUGAUUACUAUGAUUUUCAUGUCUAUACAUCUGCCAACAACUUGUUUUCUAUGGCACAUAAAUUUGAUCAAACAUCACGCAAUGGUCCUAAGGCUUUUGUGAGUGAGUAUGCUGUGACUGGAAAAGAUGCUGGCACAGGAAGUCUUUUAGCUGCACUUGCUGAAGCAGCAUUCCUCAUUGGGCUUGAAAAGAACAGUGAUAUUGUUGAGAUGGCAAGCUAUGCACCACUUUUUGUGCAUGUCAACGACAGGCGAUGGAACCCAGAUGCAAUUGUCUUCAACUCCUCACAGCAAUAUGGAACUCCUAGCUACUGGGUGCAACGUUUUUUUACGGAAUCAAGUGGAGCAACUCUUCUCAACUCUGUGCUUCAAACAGAUGCCUCUGCUUCACUUAUUGCUUCUGCAAUUAAAUGGCAGGACACUGUGAAUAGUAAAACUUACCUAAAAAUAAAGAUUGUGAACUUUGGGAGCAGUACCGUGAAUCUCAACAUUUCUGUUGAUGGACUGGGGCUCAAUUCCAUACAGGAGUCUGGAUCAACAAAGACUGAACUCACUUCUGCUAAUCUGAUGGAUGAGAAUUCCUUUACCAAUCCAAAGAAGGUGGCGCCUCUGCAAACUCUGCUCGACAAGGCCAGCAAAGAUAUGGAUGUUGUACUCUCGCCGAAUUCUUUCACUUCAUUUGACUUGUUAACAGAAUUAAGCAGUAUCAGUACCACAGAUACUGAUUCUUUCUCCAGAUCUUCAAUUUAAAAACACAAAAACAGAGUUUAAUUAUAUGAUGAAAAAAAAAAAAAAGUAAUGUUGAAAUAAUUCUGUGGCCAGCAUAUUUGCCACUCUAGUUGGCCAACCUUAAAUAUAUACUUGUUUUAUCUAAUGCAUCUUUUUUUUUUUUUUCUUUCGUUUGCUGAAAGUAAGUUUGAUAAUGGAUUUGAACGUGAAGGGUGUUUGUUGAUGGUGAAAAAAAAAAAGAGAACAGAGAACGAGCAACUCCUGAGGGUACAGUCUCUCAAGGCUAAAACGGAAGAUAAUUGAACAGAAUGGAAAUUGCCAAAAAGUUUUAUACAGAUUAUGUAAACCUUGGAAAACUAGAAUUGCAAUCAAAAGAUGAGAAGAAUGAAAUCAUCAAUACUUCAAUUUAAUUUGCUUGAAUUUUCUUGGCC